AUGUCAGUUCGGUGGAAUGCAUGGCUUUUUGGCAUGGGGUUCCAACAUUGCAGCCUAUUCCCGCGCUCGUUCUUUCCACGCCGCUCUGCAGGAAUGCAAAUUGAAAAUAUGACGCCUCUUUCCUUUUUCUGUGUGGAAGAAAAUGUGAGCAAAUUCUACGAAGAAUACAAUUUCCCGCCCCAACUGCAGAGUAUUUGGGGCUUCGGGCGGCGAUGGCCAACCUCCAAAAGCAGCGGCCUUUGUUCUCAUUUUUUUUUUUUUUUUGAAUUGGUGAAAGGGGUUGUCACCAACUGCCUUGGAGCCUUCCAAAGCGCCACAACUUAA